CUCUAUACAUGAUGAAGCAACCUGGUAAAGGACCAAAGUUGGGCAAAAGGGCCCAAGCACUUCUUUCUAGACAAAAUGAAGACUCUGAAUCCAAAGCAUUGGAAACUGUUGAAGAUUAUUUGGAGGAAGCUUCCCUGCAAGAAGAAUCAGGGGAUAGAUGGUUAGGCUCCGAUUUGUCUAAAGCUCUUCGCUUUUAUCAAAGAGCCUAUCAACAUUAUCAAAUCUCAAUCAAUUUGCAACCAUCCUUAGACAAUUACGAUAGUUACUACAAUGCGUGCAGAUUGUUAUUUCAUGUUUACAACAUUUACUUUAAAAAUGAUGGUAUCAAUAUUUAUAAGUUACAUAACGUUGCUGAAGUUCUCUCCGGUGAUUCUAAUUCGGUUGUUCAGGAUUUGUCAAGCAUCUUACAAAGUCAUGAAAAAGUUUGUGAAUUGUUGGAAAAUUCAAAUAGAAGAAUUCCCCAGGAUUUAUUAUACAAUACUUGCUUGAUAUACACCGAGGUUAUUGAAGUUGAACAAAUAAAUAGCGAUAAAAAUGACUUCAAUGAGAUUCUUAACUUGGGCUCAAGAACUCAAGCUUUAUUUAAGACUUUGAUCAACGACCAGAUUAAUGAUUUCAAGAAAUUUUUGAAUGACUUAGAUCAAAUUAAUGACUCAUCCAAUCAAGUUACCACUCCACAGCUACAAGUAAAUGAAAGUGAAAAUCAUUUCCAAGAAGAGUAUACUAGUGAAGAUGUCUUACAGCCAAAUGAUAUUUUUGAAACUUUAUUAAGUGCAUAUAGAUUAAACCAAGCCAUUUUGGAGAACAUUUCAGAGCCUUCCCAAUUAUUAUCAGCAUUAGACUUUAUAAAUCUAUUUGCUUUAUAUUUGGAUGAAAUAACAAAUGAGUUGAUCAACAGCUUUAGUGAAAAUAACAAUGCCAAAUCUGACAUGAUCUCUUCAAUCAAAGAAGACCAACUCCAAGAAUUAGCAAUUGUUCAGACAUAUAUUAAAGGCUUAAGUACUAAUGAUUUAUACGAAUUGAUAGAAAUUUGGUCAAAUCCUCAAUUGCCUUCGAUUCCUGAAAAUUUCAUGCUGUGUGCUGACAACAUUCAAACAUUACUCGAUAGAAAUGACUUAACGUUAUCUAAUUUGAAUUCGUCAGAUAACAAAGGGUUAAAAGAGAUAUUCUGGAAAUCAUUAACUGAAAUGAAUAAUAAGUACAAGUUCGCUCAAGAGUUACUAAAUAAGCAAAUUUCAGAAAAGAAGCAAAAUUUAUCAAAAGCUGAUGAAUCUUUAGGGGUAUUAAUAGGACAAUUGAGUGAUUUGGUUAUUGCAAGAUGCGAUAUCGAUUUACAAAGAAGUCAAUUGACCAAUUAUGAACCAGCUAUGAAAAACUCCUCGGUCUUAUUUAAAAAUGCUAAGGUUUUCUGUAAAAGUGCAAUGAAUAUUGCCAAUACCUCUGGUGGAUUGAGAGAACGAGCUCUGGAAAAGUCAUUAAGAGAACAAAAGAAAUUAGAUGCUGUAUUCAGAAUGUGCUUAUUGGAAAAUAAAAUCUCUUUGGGCGAAUUGGAUCAAAUUAUGACUAGAGAAAACUGGGUAGAUCAAGUGCCUAACAUCUUAAAGUUGGGUUAUUAUGAUAAUUUUGGUAUCAACCAAAUUUUUGAAACGUUGAAAAAUGUUUAUUAAAAAAAGACUAUAUAAUCGGAAUAUCAGUGAUAUUGUUUAUAAAAGAAGAAUCGGGAUACUCUUCAGGGUGUGUUGUUGAAGCGGUUCUUUCAAAUAUCGAACUAUCAAGAUAGCUUAACGAAAUUGAAUUGGACCGACUCAGUCUAACAAAAAUCAGUAAAAUAUUCAAUUUCAAUGAAUAUAUGAUAACAGGAAUGAUUUUCAUUUUGAACAAAUUCUUUUCAUGUUAUUUUUAUCCAGUUAUAUGAACAUAUAUACUUAUAAAUAUAUAAUUGUAUCAAGGCGGUGUUUGGUCCCUUAGAAUGUAAAUUAGUAAAUACAACAAUGAAAUAAACGAGCUUUAGUUUAACACCCGAGCAGAGCCAGGCCACAAUAUAUAGUCUAUCUUCAACUUUUCCAUGCACCCAAGAGAUGCUAUGAAUUAUUAAUAGUGCAAGGGCUUUGAAAGAUAGUGGAUUC